UUAUAUAUCAUAGUAGUGUGACUGUACCAUGGCUCCACGUUGACAUACGUCAUGCGUAUGUAGCAAAGGAGGACCGAUUGAAGAACAUGGCUUCGAAAGAAAAUAACCUUGUUGUGUUGUAUACGGAAUUAAAUAAAUUUGGCCAAAACGGGGAAUACGAAAGGGCCUUAAAAACCACGAACAGAAUUUUAGGCAUUUCCCAAGAUGAGGAAGCGGCGUUUCACUAUAAAAUUAUUUGCCAGAUCCAGCUGUCCAAGUUCAAUGAGGCGUUACAAACUAUUAAAACCCCGAAAUUAACAACGAAUCUAGAUUUUGAAAAAGGAUACUGCCUCUAUCGUUUAAAUCAAAUUUCUGAGGCAUUAAAAGUGAUAGAAAAUGUGCAAAAUCCUUCCUUGAAAAUCAAGGAAUUAAAAGCGCAGGUAUUGUAUCGUCUAGAAAGAUAUGAAGAAUGUUUCGCAGUAUAUAGGGACAUUAUUAAGAAUUCACACGAUGACUAUGAAGAAGAAAGAGAAACAAAUCUUGCAGCCGUUCUCGGAAACUUAGCAAUUGAGGGUUCUGAUUUAGAAGUCCCUUCGUUACAUGAACAUACUUAUGAAUUAACAUAUAACGCAGCAUGCCGUUUACUCGCGCAAAGAAAUAAGGAUGAUAGAACUAUUUUGAUAGAAGCAGAAAAAAAAUUAAGAACUGCUGAAAAAUUGUGCAGGGAGGGCUUAGAAGAAGAUGGAGCAUCUGAAGAAGAAAUUGAAAAUGAAUUAGGCAUAAUUCGUGUACAGCUUGGUUAUUGCCUGCAAUUGCAAGGUCGAGAGAAGGAAGCACAAGCAUUGUACACUGCUGUUUUAAAAGCCAAGCCGGAUGACAUCGCAUUGGUUGCUGUAGCCAACAAUAAUUUAGUAUGUCUAAAUAGAGAUCAAAAUGUGUUUGAUAGUAAAAAGAGAAUGAAAAGUGCCACUCAUGAAAGUCUAGAGCACAAAUUAACUUCGAGACAAAGAAGGAACAUUGCAUACAAUCAGUGUUUAUUAACAUUUUACACAGAUCAAGGGGAACAAUGUCACCAGUUGUGCAAUAAUCUCGCGAAAGAUUACCCUACACUUACAGCAGACGCAAUGUUCAUAAAAGCUGUACAACUUAGCAAGGAAGGUAAAGCGAAAGAAGCGGCGAAAUUGUUGAUCCAGCAUGCGGUCAGCGAGAAGGAAUUGCCUAUGAAAUUGGCCAGCGUGCAAGUUCUCCUGAGUCAUGACGAAAGAAAAGAGGCGAUCGCUAUUCUUGAGAAUCUGAACGAAAGGGAUAGAUCUCUGCCUGGAAUAGUCAGCGCACUCGUUACUCUUCACAUGGCUGACAACGAUCGGGAAAGAGCAUCAGCCGCUCUGAAGAAUGCAGUCGAUUACUAUAAAAAACACAAAGAAACCACUAAAAAUUUGGGAGAAUUAUGGCGGCAGGCUGCCAAUUUCUACUUACGCGGUGGCGAGCUUCAGAUCGCUGCCGACAUCCUGCAAGAAUUAGUAGACGCUUCACCAUCCGAUACCAAGACUUUAGCUCAACUAGUGGUCGCUUAUGUGCAAUUCUGCCCUUCUAAAGCGCAGUCGUUAUCCAAAAGAUUACCGCCGCUUCAUGAUCUUGCUGAAACUACCGAUGUUGAUGCAUUGGAGAGUAGUAAUUGGGUUAUUGGAACUAAAGUAGUGAAGAAGAAGGUUGAACCUUCACCUGGUAAACCAGUGUCGGAUGUAAUUCAGAAGAAGCAAAAGAAACGUAAACGAAGGGGUAAAUUGCCGAAGAACUACGAUCCAAACGUUGCGCCGGAUCCAGAACGAUGGUUACCAAGACACGAGCGCAGCGGAUUCCGUAAAAAGCGGGAUAGAAGGAAUAGGGAUGCCGCUAUGAAAGGCACACAAGGAGCUGCUGCAGGAGCCAGUGACCUUUAUGACAUUACGAAAAUGCCUGCGAAUGCUAAGCCUUCUCCAAAUCCUCGACAUAGUCCUGCAGUUGAAACCUCCGGACCACGUCAGCAACAACGCAAAGUGCAGCAGAAAAAGAAAAAGAAAGGUAGCAAGUGGUAAUGAUUAUUUCAUUUCUAAAUUGAAUUAUUUCUCCCUCUUCAUGUUUUACAUACAUAAAUUAGAUUACAUAGCAUUUUAAUGGAAAAAGAACGUUUCUUACAAAAAAUAUGAAGUGAAAUCUAUUUGCUACCGUGUAGCUGUAUCUUACAAAACGGAAAUUGUAAUACUGCCAUUAAAAAGCAAUGACAAAGAUAUCGUAUACAAACGUGUAAAAGAAAUAUGUUUAUAAUUUCUCUCUUUCUUCACUUUUGUGUACGUGAAAAUUUAAUACCUAUUUAUCAGUGGAUUUUUUAUUGCAAUUAAGAUCUAUCGUUGUAUAUUAUAUAUUGUCGAUGUCAUUUUUUUUCUUCUGCAAAUAUUGUUUUUCGGAAAAACUCGAAUAAGUACGUAUCUAUAUUGACAAUAUGUAAAUAUAGAGAAAUAUGGAAUUAUA